GACCUCUUAUUCACACUCUACCAACCAAAGGCAAGAGUUUUCUUUUUCUCGUAGUCUAUCAUCCACAAUGUCGUCCACGGCCUCUAUCCCCAGGUUUCUUUUACCACUUCGAUCUCCUCUCUGGUCUGUGUCCUCAAAAACGACAAAAACGACCAUUCGCAAUGCUUCUACCAAAUCAAAGAACAAUGCAUCCAAAAAGUCUCCCAAACCUCUCGUUCUCGAGAAACCCACCAAAUUUAACCCCCCUUCUCAUCCUGCCCGCCUCCGCAAGGAUCCUCCCCGGUAUCCAGGUCCCCAAUUGAGCGCCGAAGAAAUAGCUAGACAAAGCGUGAAGAAAUAUCCAAAUAUGAUGCCACCGGAAGGAACAUUUAUGCAUUGGUUUCUCAACAACAAGUCCAUCCAUAUCUGGAUCGCAUUGGGCACACUCUCUACCCUCGCAGGAGGAGUCUGGAUCACAAACUUCAAGCGCGAUUCCCCAUUCGGAGAUAUGCUACCUGAAUGGCCACAACUAUUUCUACACCCAAUCGCAUUUACAAGAACAUGCUAUGAAGUUUUGCAGCUGCACACUGCGCAUGUAACAGCAGAGACAAUGGAAAGGAGAAAACAUAAGGUGGAGGACGUUGCGAAGAGGGCUGCUUAUAGAAAGGCGCACGGAUUGGAUAAAGACGAAAGCUUUGGCGGCUGGACUGCUAAGACUGAUAAAGAGGUUUUGGGACCGGGGAUUAAGUUGGGACAUGAAAAGGAAGCUGAGAUUGCCGAGACGGCUGAGGGGGGUGUGGGUAAGGGCAAGGAAGCAGAGAAGCAGGUCGUUUACGAGAAACAAUUCUCAGGAAAGAAGUGGUUGGGAAUUUGGUAGGAGUCAGACGCAUCUUUUGAUACCAUUUUUUAUUUUUUUUGGGAAAUCGUAUUAGAACAUCGUUCUAAUGUUGAGCCGGCAUGAGACGAGAUAUUGUACAUGUUUGGGAGAAGAAGGGUAUCAUUGUAGAAAAUUCCUUGUAAAAUCGCGACACUAGGACAGCUCCACAGUCUCCAAUCCAUCUAAUACCUCCUCUGCUACA